UCCUUUACACUUGAGAGCGUGUCCUGUAAUCGCUGUCAUCUACAAGUACAAGUGGGAUAGUUAUUCUAACAGUAAUCUAAGCGGUGGGCUCUGGUAUUAGGGAUCGCCUAGGAGCCUCGCAAGAAGAAAAAGGCACAGGUAGUGAUCAGGCGGAACCCAAAGAAUACAAACUUUCCAUGCAUCUUCCCCAGUGGUCAUACUCGAGCAAGCAGGCUAGCAAAGAUGCGUUUGCAGAAGGGGAGAAUUGCUCGGCGGAAUGUUUCACUAUAGAUGGUAGGUUGAAAUCAGCCGUACUUGGCCGUUGGUCGAAAGCGCAGAUGGAGCUCUUACGUACAACAGCUGGGGUUCUCAGGAACAAUCCCCGCUGUGCUUGCUUGUGCGCAGUCACCAUCAACAAACCGUGUGCUGAGAUUUACCUCCAGUUGAAGGCUGAAGAUCUGUUGCCCGUUGAUCUAUCUGAUGCUCUGCUAGGGGCCGCCAAUCCUGCUGGCGACCAAGAAGCCGUCAAAGUUCUGAAGAGGAAGAAGACGCCUGUCGGCUACUUUCCCGGCUAUCCCGCCGACAUCGACAGGACUCAUCUGCACGAAAGGCGAAUGGAGGUGCGGCCGUGCCGUCACGAAGGCCCAUGCGACAGUUCUUGCGAAUGUGUCCGCUCUCGAGUUGCCUGCGAGAAAACCUGCGCAUGUUCACCAAAAUGUCCACGGAAAUGGCGCGGCUGUUCGUGCAAGCGUGCCGGCCGACCCUGUUCGGCGGAGAGUAAGUGCAUCUGCCAGAGAGCCAACCGCGAAUGCGAUCCGGACUUGUGUGGUACCUGUGGCUCUUACGAGCUGUUGGAUCCUUGCAACCGGAACAAUGAUUCCCUCGUCAGCGAAAUGUGCCAGAACGUCCAUCUGUUGCGGGAAGUCGGUAAGAAAACGAUUCUGGGCCAUUCGGUACUCGCGGGGAUGGGCCUUUUCAUGGGCGAAGACGUUGGCAAGAGCGAGUUUAUCGGCGAAUACAAGGGUGAGGUUGUUACGCAGGAUGAGGCCGAGCGCCGUGGGAAGUUGUACGAUAAGCGUGGUAUCAGCUUUCUGUUCGACAUCAACAAGUCACAGGCAAUCGACGCGACUCGUAUGGGCAACAAGCUGCGAUUCAUCAACCACGCCAGGGAGCGCACGAACUGCGUCGCCAAGAUUCGCAUGGUAAACUGCGUAUACAGAAUUGGGUUCUGGGCCACAAAAAAAAUCAAAGCCGGCGAAGAACUGUUCUUCGACUAUGGCUACGGGCGAGGGCACGCAGUGAAAUUCGUCCAAAUGGAGCCACCCUACAUCCCGUGGAGCGACUCGGAAGGCGAAAAUGAAUCCGCCGCUGCUGUUGCUAUGAAAGCCGAGGUCAAGCAGGUUAAAAGACGAGGGCCUCGCCGGCUUGAGUACCUCAAGGGAGGCAGGGGCACCACCGAGCGUACGAGAAAAUCCGCAUUGCAGAAAACGGCAAGAAAAACGGCCCCUAAGGAGUCCUCUGGGGAGUCGUCAAAUGACGACAUGCCGCUGAUGAUUAUGUCGACAAGAAAGAAAGCCCCCGCCAUGCAUAUCCCACAGUCACCGCAGGAGGAUGAUGAUGAUGAUGACGAUGAGGAUGACAAUGACAAUGAUGGUGAUGACGAUGACGAUGACGAUGACGAUGACGAUGAGGAUGAGGGCGAUGGUGAGGAUACGGACGAGGAUGAGGAUGAGAGUGAAGAUGAGGAUGAGGGUGAUCAAGUUGAGGGAAAAGCCUACCACGAAGCGGGAGCGGCGAGCGACCCCUCUUUGACCGAAGAAGAGGACGAGGAAGAAGACGAGGGCGCUAUCUCAGCUCCACCUCUGAAGAAACUCCGGUGGUCGGGUGGCGGAGGUCCUUGGGGAAGUCGCCAAUUCAAUGUUGGAAGCAGGAUUGGUCGUAAUAAGUGUGCUAAAAAGAACGCAUAUUGACAGCUUUCAGGUUGGGCGCAAUAUGGUUCGUUUGGCUUCGCUUUGUUGUAUUAAGUACUGUUUCUCAUUGCUGUUUCCCAUUCAUAAUACCCAAAUUAUCAUCAGAUGUUUCUGCUUUCUGUCUCUACCGUGUUCUUUGUCUAUGACUUAUGUAAUCAAACCUUCGCAGUUGAGUCUGGCCUAUCA